CCUGUCUGAGGAAGAGGGUGGGGCCUAGUGUAAAGACAACCAAUAAGCGAGAAGGAAGCCACAAUUGGCGGCCAUGAGCGCUAAUGGGAGAUCGCCUUUACCUUGCGGAGUACCGCCCUCUUCUCUUCUCCCGCCUCCUUCCUUUUGGAGGAAGGCGGGGCCAGAGGACUGAAGUGUGGGGAGAACUUGGGCUCUGCUCUGCUUUAUGAAAUAUGGGAGACGACAGACCGUUUGUGUGCAAUGCCCCGGGCUGUGGACAGGUUAGAAAGCCCCAUCUUAAGAGUUGUGGAAAUGUGACUCAUCCCUUUACCCUCUUUGCAUAUCAGAAACUGUUCAUUCAGAGAUUUACAAAUGAGGACCACCUGGCAGUUCAUAAACAUAAGCAUGAAAUGACACUGAAAUUUGGUCCAGCCCGAACUGACUCCGUCAUCAUUGCAGAUCAAACACCUACUCCAACUAGAUUCCUGAAGAACUGUGAGGAGGUAGGGCUCUUCAAUGAACUAGCUAGUUCCUUUGAACAUGAAUUUAAGAAAGCUGCAGAUGAAGAUGAAAAAAAGGGUGCUGCUGGGCCUCUUGACAUGUCUCUGCCUUCUACACCAGACAUCAAAAUCAAGGAAGAAGAGCCAGUGGAGGUAGACUCAUCGCCCCCUGACAGUCCUGCCUCUAGCCCCUGUUCCCCGCCACUGAAGGAGAAGGAACUUGCCACAAAACCUGUUUUGAUUUCCACCCCUACACCCACCAUCGUACGUCCUGGCUCUCUGCCUCUCCACUUAGGUUAUGAUCCACUUCACCCAACUCUUCCUUCCCCAACCUCUGUCAUUACACAGGCUCCACCAUCUAACAGGCAAAUGGGAUCUCCUACUGGCUCCCUCCCUCUCGUCAUGCAUCUUGCUAAUGGACAGACCAUGCCUGUGCUGCCAGGGCCUCCAGUACAGAUGCCUUCUGUUAUUUCGCUGGCCAGACCUGUGUCCAUGGUGCCCAACAUUCCUGGUAUACCUGGCCCACCAGUUAACAGUAGUGGCUCCAUUUCUCCAUCUGGCCACCCUAUGCCAUCAGAAGCCAAGAUGAGACUAAAAGCUACUCUGACCCACCAAGUCUCUUCAGUCAAUGGAGGUUGUGGAAUGGUGGUGGGUACUGCCAGCACCAUGGUGACAGCCCGUCCAGAGCAGAACCAGAUCCUCAUCCAGCACCCUGAUACCCCAUCCCCUGCCCAGCCACAGGUCUCUCCAGCUCAGCCCACCCCUAGCACUGGGGGACGGCGGCGGCGCACAGUAGAUGAAGAUCCAGAUGAGCGUCGGCAGCGAUUUUUAGAGCGAAACCGAGCUGCAGCCUCCCGAUGCCGCCAAAAGCGGAAGCUGUGGGUGUCCUCCCUGGAAAAGAAGGCAGAAGAACUUACUUCUCAGAACAUUCAGCUGAGUAAUGAAGUCACAUUACUACGAAAUGAGGUGGCUCAGUUGAAACAGCUGCUGUUAGCUCAUAAAGACUGCCCUGUCACUGCACUACAGAAAAAGACUCAAGGCUACCUAGAAAGUCCCAAGGAAAGCUCAGAGCCAACGGGUUCUCCAGCCCCAGUGAUUCAACACAGUUCUACAACAGGCCCUAGCAAUGGCCUUAGUGUUCGAUCUGCAGCUGAAGCUGUGGCCACCUCGGUUCUCACUCAGAUGGCCAGCCAAAGGACAGAACUGAGCAUGCCCAUACAGUCACAUGUGAUCAUGACCCCACAGUCACAGUCUGCGGGCAGAUGAUGCCUCCCAUGAUGGAGAGAUCCCCAGCCAGAGCUCGCCCGCCUGAGCCAAGAGAGAGAUCAACUUACCCUUCCCUUCUGCCUUGGAUGUGGCAGUGUGGGAGAGGAAGAAAUUGUGUGUUGUGAGUAUGGACAGAUGUCGGGCUUUUCUGUUUAGCCACAUGAUCAUGUAUGCUUGACACCUGUACUAGGGGCUUCUGGCCCCAAGCCACAUAGAUUAUCCCCCCAUCAGUGGGGUUUCUUAUGUACCUACAGCCAAAGGCCUUUCCAUAUGGUCUGAGCAAUCAUCCCUGGCCCUGAUGCAUGUGUACCUGUCUCUUAACACUAACCCUUGCACUUGUAGGUUUGGGGUUUCUCAGUGUCCUCUCCUCCCAUUGAGCUGUGGCUGUUAUCUUCUUAAUCCUUACUAGCAUGCCACUUCCUGCCAGAUAGAGGGAGACUAGAUUUGAUGACAUGUUACUUGCUGUCCCAACCCCAGAGGGAGACUAGAUUUGAUGACAUGUUACUUGCUGUCCCAACCCCAGCCACCCCAUGCACUCAGGACUUUGUCUCCCAAUAGCUACUUAUUUAUCUUUCGCCCUUUCCUAAAUUGCAGUGAAAACAUUCACUUACUGAGAAUGUAAAUCCUUUGAUGUAUGAAGUAGCAGUAUUUUCCACUUCUUUCAUGUGCUUUAUUCCUUAUUUCUAUCUGCUACCAAAAACAAACACAAACCAAAAAAAAAAAAAAAAAGUAAAACUCUGAGAGUUUAAAUCAUUUUUCAUUUCCAAAUCUGUUGGGUACCUCAUUUUGUCUCUUGACUUUCCUUAGUCUAGUGGUGGGGUAUUUCCUACCUCCCCACUAUGCCUUGGGAACCUCAUCUUGUGGCCUUAUUGUUAGUGGCAAUGAAAAGGGAGAGAGCCUGGGAUCUAACUGGGCUUUCCCUGUCUCCUUCCCUACCCUCCAGUUUUAAUCAUCAGGGCAGACAGGAACAGUGUAACUUAAAACUCGUUCCAUCAGGUUACUGGAUUAACAAUUCUUUUAUGUUUUACAAUAGUUUACUGGCUAAAGUCUACAUAUUGUCAUCUUUGGUCAUCUGUGUCCUCCUUCCUCUCCACUUUGUUCCCAUAUCCACAUCAAUGCCUUUUCCUACCAUAGCUACUUUAGAUCAACCCUCCUGGAGGUUGUCAAACAGGAGCUGCUUUAAUUUCUUACUCCUGUUUUUCUCCUCACAGCUCUCAGCCUUCCUUCUUUUUUGAGAUAUGUCUUAUACCCACGAGUGUCCAUCUCCUUUCUCUUUCUCUACCUUCUUUCUCUCACCAGGCUCCUACCUUAGCCACUAGGUGUCUCUAGUCCUGAAAUUUCUUUGAACUCGUUUUUUGUUGGUGCUGUUCUCUGUCCUGCAAAUGUAGUGCUUGUCCAAGGCACAGGCUCAAGGGCUCUGAAACAUUGUGGUCAGGGUCCUGAGCGGCUUUUGAGUAUAAGAGUGAAUGGAGAGAAAAGAGUAAAAAGUAUAACCUCAGCAAAGCGCUCAGGAUACGGCCUGUCUGCCUGGGAGAUUGUUGACUGUGGCUAUUGGCUACCCUUAUUUGGUGGGUUCAGGGAGAGAAAUACACCCCUCCUUUUCCUCAUCUUUCCUUGGCUCUGAACUAUGAAAUCUCUUCCAGAGCCAGAAGCCUGUGGAUAGAUAGGUCAGCUUUAAUAGCUCUUGAGUAGAAAACCCUCCCAGUUGUCCCAGGCUUCUGCCACCUUCUGCCAUCUGUUCAAGCCAAGAGUCUUUCUGCCUCCAUCUUAAAUGUGCAGGGUAACUGCUUGCUUCCUUUUUUAUUUUGUCUUCCAAAAUUCAUUGUCAUGGAAAAAUAAGAAAAUGUUCUACCUUACAUGAUUAUUUCCUCAGAGCUUAGAUAGUGAGCCCAUCCUGUGACAUGUUCUGCUGCAUUUUAUGUAAGUUUUCCCUCCUCUUUAGGGUCAGUGCUGAUCAGGCCACACCCAGUGAAAAAACAGGAGAUAGUUUUCUCAUUCUCUACUACCAGGGACUCAACAGGAACAGCCCCUGAGAUGACAAGGCUAGCAAAUGUCACCAGAUGGUCAAGGGCAAGUUACCAUCCCCAGGGAUUUCACUUGGCUUUAGAAAUUCACAGCCCUAGUUUGUGCUCAGGACUUCUUUGGAUGGCUGUUUCUUGGGUUGUUUUCUUGUUUGUUUGUUUCCUGUGUAUAAAUUUUCUUUUUUUAUUUUAA